AUGAAAAUUCUAAAGGGCCUAUUCCGAAGAUAUGUGAAGCACAUCAUAAUAAAGUUACUAAAAUACACAAAAAAUUAUGUAAAAGAUAUUACUGAUGAGGUAAAUGUAAAAUCAUUUAAGAGAUACAAGUAUAAUUUUUUUUUUGAAUUUAUUGGUUCCUUUAUUUUUGUUUUUUUCAUUUCUAUUUACAUGUUAAAUGCAAAUCAAAAUGAAGAAUACAUAAUAAAGCACACGAAUCAAAUCAACCCAUACAAAAGAAAUGACAUAUUUAUUCCAGGAGAUAACCUAUUCGACAAUGAAAUUAACAAUGUGCAUUAUGUAAAUGAUAAUAAUGAGCAAAAAAAUGUGGUUAAUAUAUUAAUGGAACAGGAGGAAAAAAACAAUGAUGAAACUUUUAAAACGAAGAAUAAAUAUAUGAAAACAGACCAUAUGGUCAAUAGGUCAUCACAAAAUAACCGAAGGAAUAACCUGAACGAUUUAGAAAAUACGGAACCUGUUGAGGAAGGAACAAAGAAGAACCUUGUGAAAAAACAAGAAGAGGGAAACGAAACUGCAAGUGAAUAUGCCAUACACAAUGAACAGGUAAGUGUAAGCAGUGAAAAUGAAAAUGAACAUGUAAUAGGAGAUAAUUACGAAUCAGGAUUUAAUGAAAAAAAAGAGAGUGAAAAGACAGUUGCUCUGAAUGAAUAUGAUAAAAAAGAAAUAAGGCAGCAAAGUGAUCCAAGUAAGUCAAAUGUACAUAACAAAAGAGGUGUGGAAAAAGAUGAUAUUGUGGAUGACUCUGUCGUUGUCCGCAAUAUAGAGCAUGUGCAAAACCAAGAGAAAAAACAAACCUCGAAAGGCGCUGAUAAGGAGAGACUUACUAAAAAUGUGGGAACAGUAAUUUUUAAAGAUUAUGUAAAUGAAUACAGCAAGAUAAAAGUAAAUGACAUUAACAGUAUUGAUUUGAAGGAUAUUGAUAAAUAUCAAGUGAUGAAAAAUUCAGAAAAUAAAGGUAAUAGUAACCAUGCGGUUUAUUCUUUUUUUGGAUGCUUAAUAUAUGUCUUAUUUGUAUUAUUAGGAGCACAUAUAAAUCCAGCAUACACAUAUGCAUUAUGGUUAAUAGAACCUAAAAAAUAUGGAUUUGUAGUUACGACAUGUUAUGUUGCUUUUCAAUAUUUUGGAGGCAUUUUGGCUAGUAUCAUAUGCGCACAUAUGUAUGGAAGCAUAUUCAUAUAUUCAUUGUUACCAAAAAAAGAAAUUAUGAAAACAUUUUUGUGUGAAUUUAUUUCGACCUUUUUAAUAACCCUGCUGUUAUUAAGUUUAUAUAAUUAUAAAAAAAAGUUUAUGGAAGAAAAUAAAAAUGAAGAUUCAACUAUUUUUAAUGCAUCAAAACUAAGAAAUAUGACAUCAUUAUAUUCUUUUAAUAGUUAUGAAGAUAUAUAUGGAAAUGAUGUGUUUAAUACUACAUAUAAUAACAGAAGCCAAAAUGGAAAAGUGUUUUUUCAUAUUGAUAAUAAAUAUAUAAAAUAUAUUAUAAAUCAUAUUUUUUAUUUAUUAUUUAUUUUUUUUUCCCUAUUAUUUUUUGUUUUUGUAACCAAUACUACGUUGAAUCCAAUGUUUUCAACAUGUACAUUGUAUACAUAUUUAUACUUUAAAUUUUUUCAAGCAAGUGGUUCCUUUAAUAUAGCUUCAGUUUUUUUAUCAUUUUUAAGUGUUACGAAUAUAUUACAGUUAAUAAAAUUGUAUAUUCAAUCAUUACCCUUAUGGAUAGGACCAUAUGUCGGGUCAGCCUUUGCAACAGGUUUUGUUAAAUUGUUUAGAGAGGGGGAUGAAGAAAUUGUUAAUAUAAUUGACACAAACAUAUACAACAGUAGUAAAAAGAAUGAAACGAUACCAUUAAUAGGGAAACAUAACAUUAAGCAAAAUGCUUAUCUUGUUGAAUAUAAUGAUAAUAUCCACUAUAAUUCAAGUACCUAUUUAAUUCCCCAUGUAUUUUAA